AUGGGGGGACUGUGGUGCCACUACCCUCCCCACCUGUAUAGGCCUCAGGGUUGCCCUGGCCAAGGUGGGCGUGGGGGGGCAGCAGUGGUGCUCAGUGGGCUGCCCCCUGACAUCCUGGAGGGGCUGCUCACGCCCUACUUCGAGGACGGCCGUCGCUCUGGGGGAGGACCUGUGUUGAGCUGGCAGCUUGGCAGAGGGGGCACACUCACUUUUCAGAAGUCUGCAGGUGCAGGGAGGGUCUCGGCCUAGGAGGGGCAUCUACGGCGCUGGCUGAGCCUUAGGCCAGCCCCACCAUGUGCCCCUGCAAGCCUGCUGCUCCCAGGACUGCCCCCCGACACCGCCCCCCAGCACCUAGAGCAGCACAGCCAGACCCUGCUGCGUGCCACGGGGCACCCAGCGCAGCCCUGCUGUGGCCCUGACAGUCCCCGACCAGACUGGGUCCUGGCCCAGCUGCCCCAGCCCCUUUCUGAGGCAGAAGUCUGAGUCCUGGAGGAACAGGCCUGGGCCCUGGGCCUGGAAGGGACUGAGGUGUCCCAGGCCCGAGUCGUGCGUGUGGUGGGGGGUAUUCCCCCUGAGGGCCUGCUGCUGCAGGAGCUGUACCUGGAGACUGAGCUCCGCAGUGGCAGGGGACCCCUGGGGGGCCUUCGCAGCCUGCCUGGGCACCUGGGCAUGGUUACAUCCUUCCAGCAGCGGCAGGUGGCCGAGUGAGUCCUACAGAGGACUCCCAGGCAGUGCUCAGAGCUGAGCCUGGUCCCCCACUAUGACGUCCUGGAGCCUGAGCAGCUUGCCAAGAACACCGGUGGAGGGGACUACCUGGUCAAGUUGGGGCCAGGGACCACCGAGCAUGUGCUCCUGGAGGCUGGAGGGCCAGUGAGGGCAUUGAAGGGUGCAGGGCUGGUGACACUCGGAGGCUCUGAAGAGGAACCAGGGCAGACAGUAGCCUCUCUGGGGACGGGUCCCCUUGGGUCUCUUGGACAGGCUGAGCCAGUCUCCCACACACCCUGCAGCCCCCAGACCAUACAGGCAGUGACCAGGAGAAGAGGAGGUGUGAGCGCUGCGGGCCACCCCGGAGGGCCUGGGUGGGAGGGCUGGCUGGCUGUCUCCAGAGCUGGGGGCCGGGCAGAGGACUCUGAGGAGCAGCCAGAGCGGGAGUUGGCCUCCAGGGCUGGGAGGGCCGCAAGAGGAGCUGCACACUGCGGUGAGCCCUGCAGGAGGCAGAAGACGAGCUCGUGGGCAGGGGAGCUGGUGGCCUGGCUGGUGGUGCCCGUGGCCUUUGGGCAGGAUGUGGCUGAGCCGGACCGGGCACUAGGGACUGCCUUGGAGGUGCACGUCCAGGAGGAGAUGGUGGGGUCCUGGGGUCGCAUGUGGCCUGCAGAGCUGGGAGCCCGUCUGCAGCCAUGCCAUGGUGUGAGUACUGCCCCUUGGGGUGACAGCACCGUUCUCCAGGACUCUGGGACCCAGCCACCUGGCACAGAGGCUGAAGGGUCCUGGGAUGGGCUGGGGUCUGGCCAAGAGUGGCAGGAGUCCCGGGUGGUGCUGCGGGUCUGCUCUGACACCUGGCGGCUGCUCACGGCGGGAUCUGCAUCGUCCGGCAGCAGGUCCGAACCCCACGGGGAGCACCUGGAACAGCCCCCUGAGAGGCGCCUAGUGGAGCAGGUUCUGUACCAUGGCCCAUCAGCCUGGGCAGUCCCCGACAUCUGUGCGCAGGGCUUUGACCAUAGCUAAGGAGGCCUUAACAGUGAGGCCACGCGGUGGCACACUCUAUGGGCAGGAGCCGCCUCCCUGUCCCUGAAGGACCACUACUUGCCCCCCAACGCUGAUGGCCACAAGGUGGUGUUCGGAGCAUGGGUGCUGACCGGUGACUAGGGGCAGGGUCCUGGAGGCCUUUGGGAGCCCCCACCCCGCCCCAAACUGCGGGCCCCUGGCCACGUGUUCCGCGCCAACAGCGCAGUGGACUGCCUCCGCCAGGCCAGCAUCUUUGCCAUCUUUCAUGAAACUGAGGCGCUGCCCACCCACCUCAUUACUUGCAAGCACGUGCCCCGGGCUUCCCCAGGGGACUCCUCUGGGCACUUGGGCCACUUCCCAGCCUCCUAA